AAAAUCCCAAAACCUCAAUUUAUCUGUCAAACUUUCGUGUUUGGAACCUACGAAGAACUAAACCAUUGUUCCUUCCCUCUUAAGUUAGGAGGAAUAGAUAGACGAGUCAUCAUCUAAUUCUUUAAUAUAAAUCGAAGGCUCAUCAAAGAUGGAUUCUUUCUUCAGCAAGGGUUCUUUCAAGGCUUCUAAAUGUAAAACCCUUCUAAAAUUGACAAUUCCGCGGAUAAAGCUGUUGAGGAAUCGUAGAGAGAUUCACAUAAAGCAGAUGCGCCGUGAUAUCGCGAAACUUCUUGAGACCGGCCAAGAAGCUACUGCUCGAAUUCGGGUUGAACAUAUUAUAAGGGAAGAAAAAAUGAUGGCAGCGCAAGAAAUCAUUGAGUUGUUUUGUGAGCUUGUUGUUGUCCGUCUUCCAAUUAUUGAAUCUCAAAGGGAAUGUCCUCUUGACCUAAAAGAGGCAAUUUCAAGCUUGUGUUUUGCUGCACCGAGAUGUGCAGAUCUUCCCGAACUAAUUCAGGUUCAAAUGGCUUUUGCUGGUAAAUAUGGCAAAGAAUUUGUUGCUGCUGCUACAGAACUCAUGCCAGAAUGUGGUGUUAAUCGCCAGUUGAUUGAACACCUAUCCGUCCGUGCUCCAGCUCCUGAAGUAAAGCUUAAUCUGCUAAAGGAAAUCGCAGAGGAGCAUGAGCUUGAUUGGGAUCCUACUGCAUCAGAAACUGAAUUGCUGAAGCCACAUGAAGAUUUACUGAACGGCCCCACACAACUUGCGAGCCCAAAAUUGCCUCUUCCAGAAGAAAAGUUUGAGGAACCAGUACACACAACUUCUGAAGGUAUUCAUAAUGAACAAUCGGAUUCUGAUGAAGAAUACGACAUGCUAGAUCUUCCCGAGGUUCCCAAUUCAUUAGUGCAACCUACUGCUCCUUCAGAAUCCGUUUCCAGACCCGAAAUGCUUCCAUUUCCGCCCUCUGCUUUAUCUGAUCUUAACGAUGAAGCAGAUAAUAUAUUAGAGAAAUCAACACCCAAGGAAAAUGAGGAGAAACAGUUUUUGCCAUUCAUUUCUCCACCAUCUGAAACCUUUAUGGUGAAAGAAAGUAGUCCAUCUCCCCAAACUAAAACUACGGUUGAUCAUGACUUGCAGACUUCCACAGUGAAAGAAAACAAUCAGCUUCUUAGAACCAGAACUGGCAUCAAAGAUGAUUUACAAGAUGUAUUGGUUGCUGCCCAAGCUGCUGCAGAAAGUGCUGAACGUGCGGCAGCAGCAGCGCGGGCAGCUGCUAGCCUUGCCCAGGUUCGAAUCAGCGAACUCGUCAGGAAACAGAACAUGUAUGAGACCAACGAGAACCCAUUUUCUACAGUCAACCAUGAACCUAUUACACCCGAAAAGUCUAAUCUUGACCAUCAAGACUCGGUUCACAACUCUUCAAGUCCUACACAAUCGAUGACCUCUCAUCAGCCUCAAAGGUUGCCAUCAAUGGAUGAUGGUUUUAUGUCAUAUCCAAAUUUGUUUACUUCACGGGGCCCUGGUGAGUUAUCACGUGAUUCAUCUUUUGCUGAUAAUUCACGUUCCAAUGAUGGCCAUUGAGCAUUGUCAUUAUGGUGUUCUUAUAUGUCUUGUUUCCUCGGUUUUAUUGGUUGUGUAAAGCGAUAUUUCAACUUGUUCUGCUUCAUCUUGUGGAUUAUGUUUUGGUUAAAUAUCGCAUUAAGGGGUUGCAUAUAUCGUCGUCUUAUAAAUAUCUGUACUAUAUGAGUAAGAUUGUUGAAUCUGUGUUAAGCUGUUUUUCCUUUA